UAAUAAAACCCUGGCGCGGAGAGCAGAGGGCAAAUCUGGACGGGCUGGGCGGCCGGUGGGGGCUCUGCUUCCCACCCAGGAGAGGAGAGAUUUCCUUCCGAGCUGCCCCGACCCGGCUUCGAUCCAUGUCUUUGAGCCAGGCCUCCAGGGAUGGGGUGGCUUCUGCCCUGGCUUCUGCCCUGGCUUCUAGCGGCAGCAACGGUGAGGAGCGGAGUGAUGCAGGCUGUCGUCGGGAGCACGGGUACCCUGCCCCCCGUCCCCGGGCCCGCGGCCUCCCCGCCCCCGCGCACGCAGUACUGCAAGUGGCCCUGUGAGUGCCCGGCGACGGCCCCCCGCUGCGCCCCCGGCGUCAGCCUGGUCACCGACGGCUGCGAGUGCUGCCCGGUGUGUGCCCGGCAGCUGGGAGCCACCUGCGACGAGGCCGCCCCCUGCGACCGCCACCGCGGCCUCUACUGCGACUACAGCACAGACUCCCCGAGGUACGAAAUAGGAGUGUGUGCACAUGUGGUCGGCGUGGGCUGCGUCCUAGACGGGGUCAGGUACCGGAACGGACAGUCCUUCCAGCCCAACUGCAAAUACAACUGCACCUGCAUCAACGGGGCGGUGGGCUGCGUGCCCCUCUGCCUCAGCUCCCGGCCCCCCCUCGUCUGGUGCCCCCGGCCCCGGCGGGUCCGGCUGGCCGGCCGCUGCUGCGACCGGUGGGUCUGCGAUGACGCGAAGAAGCUCCGCAGGGCGUCCCCGCGCCACGUCCCGGCUCCAGCCUAUGAAGGAGACGGCGGGCUGGGGCAGCACAACUGUAUGUCCUACACUUCCCCUUGGAGCCUGUGUUCCCGAAGCUGCGGGAUGGGAAUCUCCACCAGGAUCUCCAAUGCCAACGAGAGGUGCCAGCUGACGACGGAAAGCCGGCUCUGUAAUCUGCGGCCCUGCCAGGAGGGCAUCGUCCAGCACAUCAAGCCGGGGAAGAAGUGCUUGGCCGUCCACCGGCCAGAAGAGCCCAGGAACUUCACCAUCUCUGGCUGCGUGAGCAGGAACACGUACAGGCCCAAGUUCUGUGGCGUGUGCACGGAUGGCCGCUGUUGCACCCCGUACAAGUCCAAGACCAUCGACGUCAUCUUCGUGUGCCCCGACGGGCCCGGGUUUUCCCGGAAAGUCAUGUGGAUCAACGCUUGCUUCUGCCACCUGAGCUGCAAAAACCCCAACGACAUCUUCGCCGACCUGGAACACUACCACGACUAUUCCGAAAUCGCCGACUAGCGGGCCCGAGGGCUGCACGUUCCGGCUUGUGGCUCGGGCUCGAGAUUUCGGGGGGCAGAGUCGGUGCGUCUCUGACCCCGACGCACGCGCCACAGCUCUUUCCGGGACAGCGAGGCUCGGGGUGGUCUUCCCAGCCCACCCUUACGGGGAAGAUUCCCUUUUUCGGGGUACCGGCUGGACCACUGGGCUCACCAGGACACAGGAAGGCCACCGGGUAAUGGCCCUAUCGCCGGGCCCCCAUCGUCUUAUCUGGCAAUUUUAUUUUCCCAGCGCACGUGAUGGCGUCUCAGAUCCCGGGGCUCCCAGCACACCUCGGUGCCGGGGAAAUCAUCUCGGGGCCAGUCUCCCCUUUGCCUUUCCAGGUCCAUCCGUGGGGGGUCAAUGGGAGCCAGAACAAGUCAUCCCUGGCCAUGGUGGUGGGGAGGGGAACGUGGGGGACUGAAGGAGUGGAUCACCUUGCUGGCAUGUUCUUUAGAUGGCUCCUUACAGAGCGGGGGCCAGGGAUCUUCUGGGUCCCCAUAGGCUCAGACUCCCAGCUCUCCAAGGGGGAGGGGAGGUGAUCCCUGAAACUCAGGGCGUAGGACGGCCGUUCUGGUUCAACCCAGGCUAAGAGUGGGCCUGACCACUCAAAUCAGCUUCUUCCCGUGAUGCUUUGGGAGGCUGAGUGGCUGAAUUGGCACUUAAACUACGGAUCCAAGCAAGACUGCGCCUGAUGCAGUCAGAGAUUGGAUUCUCUUAGCUGAGAGAUCUGGGAGUGGAUGGAAUGUGCACAGAGAAGGGUGGAGGGGUGAUCAAGUCACAGAAGAUGUGAAAUCAGUCUGCCACGGUGGGGCCUAUGGAAAUUUUCUGAGCCAAGCAGCUCAUGUAGCAUUGGAAUGGAGCUGGAACAUCAGUUUGAAUAUGAGAGUGAGAGUCUUCCGGCAGGCGCCUGGGAAGCAGAGUGGCCUAAGGGAAAGAGCAGAGGACUAGGAGUCAGGAGACCCAGGUUCUAGUCCCAGC